UCCCUCCGGCCGUGGAGCCCGAACACACGGAGAUCCGGCAGGCCCUUGGCCGGGCAUUCAGCCUCACCUGCCGUCUGCUGCGAGCUCAUCCGGCUCGCCUCCUACGAUAUGAGUGGAAGCUGGGCACCCGCCUCCUGACUGUCGGACAGUUCAGUGACCAGAGAGACGACACGAACUACCACGUCAGAGCUCUGAACAGGGAGGGCUACGGCGAGUACACCUGUGACAUCACCAACGAGGCCGGGGCAGGACGGUGCACGUUCCUGGUCACAGGGAAAGCCAACCCUCCAGAGUUUUACUACGACACCUACAGCGCUCUGUGGCAGAACAGGCCGCGAGUCUACGGCUUCAAACUGCAGUGGACUCAGAUGGAGCCGAACGCUGUGGAUCGAAUCCUGGCCUACAGACUCGGCAUCAGGCAGAUGGGUCAGUCCCGCUGGUGGGAGCAGGAGAUUCCCAUGGAGGGAACCAUCCAGAAGGGGGAGCUCUUGACCUACAACUUAACCGAACUCAUCAAACCUGAAUCCUACCUGGUCCGCCUCACACCCAUCACCCGCUACGGGGAAGGAGACUCCACUGAGCGCAUCAUCACAUACAGCGGUAGGCCGUCUCGUUUUCUAUCGUCCAAUCAAGAGCAGGUAUACAAACACUGGCUCUCAAAUCUUUGUGGAGGAUUUACACGCACAGCUGUUUGCAACACUGCUGCAGAUCUCUGAGGUUCACAUUUAUG